AGGUUUUCGCGGGAUUAUAACUCAGAAGAAAAGAAUAUACAGUAAUCUCCUGCGUCUGAACUUUAGCUCCAUAGCAUAAGAAGCACAAAAUGGAUGACGAGCAGAUUCAAAUGCUGAAGAAGACUUUCGCCAUGUUUGACAGCGGGAAAACUGGCCAAAUCGACAUGGACAAGAUCAAGACGAUUCUGAACACCCUCGGUCAGAACUUCGACGAGGACGAACUUGCGGCUUUGGUUGAAGAGAACGACACCGAAGCCACCGGGAAAUGCAAUUUCGAUUCGUUCGCCACCAUCGUCGGACAUUUUCUGGAGGAGGAGGAUGCCGAAGCGAUGCAACAGGAACUGAAGGAAGCCUUUCGUCUGUAUGAUAAAGAAGGUAACGGCUACAUCACAACCGCUGUCCUCCGCGAAAUCCUCGGCGUCCUCGACGACAAGCUCACCCCGGAUCAACUGGACGAAAUGAUUGACGAAAUCGACACUGACGGUUCCGGGACUGUUGAUUUCGAAGAAUUCAUGGAGAUGAUGACUGGAGAAUGAAGAUCCUACCUGACUUAGCCGUAUUCUCGUCCGCAUCGGAUGAUACAAACGAUUUAUGCGUGCGACAAUAAUUUCUCUUCCGCUCCCGACGUAUCGUUGCAGUGGUCACCUUUUCGGAACAAAUGUGUUUCACUUACAUGAUUUGCAAAUUAAAAAAAAAAGAAAAUAAUACCAGCGGGAUUUUGGACAUCGAAACAAA